AUGAUGGCUCGAUUUACGCAACAACCAUUUGAAUUCUACCAAGAGUCGUCCUCAACGUUAGAGUCAAAACCUACAUUCUGCGAGGAAGAUGAGAUGAGUGUGUUGGACGACAAGAUCCUCGACUCGACCUCAGAUGUGGCCGGCAUAUCCGAUCCUCGACGGUCGUCGUAUGAUCAACAUACAGAUGCUCUUUCCUACCGAGAAUCAGUCUGGGGUGACUUUGCACAUCAGCAACAACAACCACAACAACAACAUCAUCAUUCACAUGUUGCACCGCCGCUGCAUCCUGAGGCCUCUCGGCAAGAUUCGCAUGUGCCUGCAUCCAUACCCAUGUACGACCCGAGCAAUCAAUUCAUGCGCUUAGAUACUGCGCAGACCAAUGCUGCCUAUGCACAACAGACCGCUUGGCCCAUGUCCCGAGGUUCUGGUUCGUGUACGCCCACACCUGUAUAUGAUCAGUUCGCACAAGACUACGAUGCAAGCUCUGCGGGCGCAUUCUCCGGUGGUGCCGUCGGUCCUGUAUCGGCUAUCAACUUUGGUCAAAUGUCUUCCUACAGGAGCAACAUAUUCGGCGCUCCCGGCAGUGUGGCCAUGUCUCCGCAGUCGAGUCAGGGCUGGAUGCAGACUGGUGAAAUGGUGGAUGGACGACCAGCUCGAAGUCCCACGUAUCGAACGGACUCGAAUAUGCAUCUUCGUCGCGACGGUAUUCGCAAGAAGAAUGCUAGAUUUGAGAUUCCUGCCGAACGAACCCUAAGCAACAUCGACCAGCUGAUCGCGCAGUCGACCAACGAAGACGAGAUCAAGGAACUCAAGCAGCAGAAGCGUCUCCUCCGAAAUAGACAAGCAGCACUCGACUCCCGCCAACGAAAAAAGCUUCACACUGAGAAACUGGAGGAAGAAAAGAAGCAAUUUACCACUGUCAUCACUGAUCUUGAGGAAGCCCUGCACAACAUGAAAAUUCGUGAAGGCGAGCUACUGCGAGAAAAGGCUGAAUGGUUGGCCACUCAACAACAGUUUUCACAGUGGAUCGAGGGUCUGCGAAUUGAAAAGGACGAACUCAUUCGUGUUCACACAUUGGAGACCGCGGAACUGCGCAAGAAGAACAAUAUCCUUCGCGAGACCAUGGAGAAAAUGGAGCAGCAAUUCAAGUCGAUAGGACACCAGCAGCCAAAUGCUUUUGCUUCCAACGGAUACAACGACUUUGAGGGUCUUCACAUGGAAACCGGUCCAUGGGACGAACUGUCUCUGGUUAACAACAUCUCUCUCGAGGCCGAGGGUUUGAGUGCACCGGUGGUUGAUGCUAAUGCUAGCAACAAUAACAACGGUCAUGAGAAUAUGACAGCGCUCGUUCCCGUCAAGAAUGAGAAAGCCGAGAGGAUCUUCAACAGCCAAAACAGCGACUAUCCCUUCAGCUGGAACGCAUUCUACAUGUGCUUGCUAUUCGGCGCCUUCAUUGCCUCAAACGGCAACUCCCUGUCUUCUCCAGCCGCUCUUCCUCAACUCUCAGACGAAUACCGCGCCGAGUCAGCUAAUGUCCUCAAAGCCGUUCUCGCCUCUGCCCCUGUCGACGUGACAUCCUCUGCUAUCCAGCAAGCUCAUGCCCCCGUCCAAUCAGGCCUGCCAGCCACCAUUUCCGGCGCCGAAAUGGCCCAUUUGACCGGCGCUCAAGCAUCGACACUCGACGAACUCCACAACAAUCUCGCCCUCCCCUCCAAACAGCAGGAAAACGAACAAGUCUUUGCCCUCAACGCAGAACAAUACAAUACUCUAACUACUUUCCAAGAAGAUGACCACACCAUGGACUUUGGCGAUAAGCCAUCUGGACAGCCGCAACCAUCAAACCUUCAACAAGCCCUUGCAGCCAUGCGAGGAAAUAACGAUGGCAGAAUGUCGGACGUCUAUUCGCGAUCAUUGAUGUGGGACCGUGUUCCUGAGAAAGUCGUUCGUGAUUUCCAGCGUAUGGUUCGGGAGUGCGGUGCGACCAAGUGA